AUGUUGUCCAUACUCCCAACGAUCACACUCCUUUCGCUGCCAUUUCUCGCCGUUUGUCAAUCUGCGUCUGAUGGCUACAGUGGCUACAAGCUCGAUGUCCGAGAUGACGGCGACCCAACCGCCGUGCUUUACGAGACGGAAAACACGUCUUCAUCUAAUAUCUCCGCCUUGAAUCCUGUGCCAGACGUCCUGCUUAACGCAUCGGUUCACGUUGGCGAAAUCUUCAUUGGUGUCGACAACCUCACUGCGAAGAUCAACCUCGACGCACAGGUACUCCAGUUGCUGCAGUUCAACGCCGGAGUAGACCUUUCCGUCGACAAAGUCACGCUCCUUAUCCAAAACGUCACAGCCAAAGUCUAUCUCGAAGCACGUCUUGGUAACCUCGUCUCUAUGGUCAGCGACGUACUGGACAGCAUCGACCUCAACCCUGUUAUCGCGGAGCUAGGAAACGGCCUCGGAUCCAUCAUCAACGACACCGCUGGUCUUGUUGGCGACGUCGCUGGCGGACUUACAGGAGGAGGCAACGACACUGCGCAAGCCAAGGCAAAGCGUGACCUCGACUUCCAUCAGUGGGAUCUCCGUAACAACAUCCUCUAUUCUAUCAACAACUUCGAAGGCAACACAAACAAGCGCCGCGUCCUUGCCCAAAACGGCGAUAUCGUAGAGCAAAUUCUCGACAACUCCGGCACUAUCUCUUCAACGAAUGUUGUUGGUGAUUACCUCAAGAACAUGCGCUUUAAUGGUUUCAACGAGAGCGUGACAUUCAAGGGUGAAGAGGUUUGGGAGGAAGAAUAUGUCUAUGAGCCUUUCAUGGGGCUGUACUCUGUCUCGGGUGUAUUCAAGAGCAAGAGUACGGGAGAAGUUGUUGGCACGCAACUUCUUGCUGAGGCUAGAGGGGGUGGAAGCGCCAGUAUUGGAAACGAGAAGGCGUAG